GUGCCAUAUAAGAUAGCGCUACGUGCUCUCUAUGCUCAUCUUCUCCUACAUUCGCAGUUCAACGUAUCUGAUUAGAGUCAUCUGCUGACUUCCAAGGAACUCUUAAUGACCAGCGACAUUUCCUGUUCGAUCUGUGGAUCUACCGGAGAACCUAUACAAUGGAAGAGACUACAUGUCGAGGAAUCCUCAGAGCAAGAAACCGCGACGACCAAGGGUUUUGGCGAUUUACCCCCGAACGUGUUAAAAAAGAUCUUCCUUUCCAUUUUGGACGAAACUGGGUUCAAUUUCAGUGAAACCAGCCAAGGCCCUUGGAUAUUCGCCUACGUAUGCAGCUCCUGGCGGGCUGCUGCUCUUGAUUAUCCAUGCCUAUGGUCCAAUAUAAUUCUCAACGAUUCCUCAUUUCGCACAAGCAGCAAUUAUCCCGCUUCCUCCUCGAUAUACUCCCAACCACACUGUCCUUGUUCCGAUAUGCUUAUACCUCGUCAACGGCACGAUCUUCUCUCGCUGCUCUCCACCGUACUCUCACGGGCAGGUCAACACGAUCUCUCACUACAUGUGGAUUUCUCGAAAGGAUACUCCGAUCCCUAUCAGUCGUUUAUCAUGCGGGUACUACUAUUGCGACUAGCCCAAAAGUCGAACCAGUGGAAUAUCGUCUUCCUCCAGUUGCCACGCAACAUGGUAGAUGACCUCUUCGGCGUUUAUUGCCUUCUUCCAAGGCUUGUGAGCCUCCAUCUCGUGAUAUGUACCGAUACCGAGAUGCGGAACUGUGAUAUGAUCAGAGUGUUCGAGAUGGCACCGAUGUUGGUGUUCGUUACUUUACAAGGACUGGCGUUUAGAACCUACAUCUUACUUCCAUGGCAGCAACUUGUGUAUUUCUAUGACGACCGUAAUUAUCGACCUCAGCCUGGAAUUAAUGCUCUCCCGUAGGUUUUGUAGAUCCAGGUGUGGAGCUUGAUCACUGGGCGUAGGCGGAUAGAUAGAAGAUAAGUACAAGGAUUCGAUAUCGCUUGUACUACAUGAAUAUCACGGAAAUGAUCACCUGUUGCAAGACAACAAAUAUUUCCACGGGGGCCCUGUUUAGGGGCUAUCUAGGACUAAACACGCAAUGACCUCUGUUUCAUCUUUACCACCACUAAAUAACAUUUAACCCUCACAAACAAGGACUUCACCCUCGAUAACAUCCACCUUGUCCGCUUCUAUUGCCGAGACCCACUCGUCGGGCUUGUACACUCCACGCCCUAAGCACGGUCUUCCUCGCAUUGUAUCCAUCACCAAUCGACCGUUCUAUGCUGACCGCCACCACACUUCCGCACUGACCGCCAUGUCCUUGUUCAUUGGCACUCGAUUGUUUUGUCUGCAAGCUGUUUCCUUUGCGAAGGAUCUG